AUGGCUCUCGACGCGCACCAUUGCCCUGGAGCGGUUAUGUUUUUGUUUCGCGGCGAGUUCGGAUGCUUGAUGUAUACAGGGGAUUUUCGAUGGGAAGUUGAUAGUGAAAGGGCGAAGGAUGCUAGGAGUAGGCUACUUAAUGUCCUCAAGAAUGAGACAGUUGAUAUUCUUUACUUGGAUAAUACAUACUGUAAUCCGUCGUACGAUUUUCCAACUCGAGAAGUUGCUGCUCAGCAGGUUAUCGAUAUCAUUGCUUCUCAUCCAGAACAUGACAUCAUCAUUGGGAUUGAUACUUUGGGGAAAGAAGAGCUUUUAAUUCACAUUUCGCGUGUGCUUAACAUAAAGAUUUGGGUGUGGCCAGAACGUUUACAAACCAUGCAUCUUCUCGGAUUCCAUGACACAUUCACAACCAAAACUUCUAUAACCAGAGUCCGAGCAGUUCCUCGUUACAGUUUUAGCAUUGAAACUUUAGAGGGAUUAAACACAAUGCAGCCAACAAUAGGAAUCAUGCCAUCUGGUCUUCCAUGGGUUCUGAAACCUGUUAAAGGCGAUGACCAUCUUUUUGGUUCUCUCUUAACUUCUCAUUACAGAAAAAGACAGUCAUCUGAUAAGCUGAAUGGGAAUUUAGGAUAUGCAGAAAGGUAUCACCAGUACAUGUUUUCGGUUCCGUACUCUGAUCACUCAUGCUUUGCAGAGAUACAAGAGUUUAUUGAGCUUGUCCAGCCCACUAACAUGAAAGGAAUUGUGUCUUCAUCAUCUUGUUAUGUUGACCCUAUUUACUACUUUGGUCGCCUUUGUGGAGUAAACCAACCACCCAAGAGGUUCAUCCACAAGCAUGUAAGGAAAGAGGGAGGCAAAAAAGUUGUUGCUGUAUCUUAUAUUGAAAGUGGUAAUUCUCCUGAGGCAGAAAGGAAAAAGAGCAGGUCAGUAAGGGUGGAUAAUAAAAGAUUUCUUGUAAGCAGAAUGACUGCAUCAAGACGAGUGGGUCGCGGGGCCAAAAUUGUGGAAAGUGACCGUUCAGAUUGA